AUGCACCACCUCUUGGAGCAGUCGGCGGACAUGGCGACAGCGCUGCUGGCGGGCGAGAAGCUGCGGGAGCUGAUCCUGCCGGGCGCGCAGGACGACAAGGCAGGCGCGCUGGCCGCGCUGCUGCUGCAGCUGAAGCUGGAAUUGCCGUUCGACCGCGUGGUCACCAUCGGCACAGUGCUGGUCCCCAUCCUGCUGGUCACCCUGGUCUUCACCAAGAACUUCGCAGAGGAACCCAUUUACUGUUACACCCCGCACAACUUCACCCGUGACCAGGCGCUGUACGCCCGUGGCUACUGCUGGACAGAGCUUCGGGAUGCGCUGCCCGGUGUGGACGCCAGCCUGUGGCCAUCACUGUUUGAGCACAAGUUCCUGCCCUAUGCGCUGCUUGCCUUCGCUGCCAUCAUGUACGUGCCCGCACUGGGAUGGGAGUUCUUGGCCUCCACGCGCCUCACCUCCGAGCUCAACUUCCUGCUACAGGAGAUUGACAACUGCUACCACCGGGCGGCUGAGGGCCGGGCCCCCAAGAUUGAGAAGCAGAUCCAGUCCAAGGGGCCCGGCAUCACGGAGCGCGAGAGGCGCGAGAUCAUCGAGAACGCGGAGAAAGAGAAGAGCCCAGAACAGAAUCUGUUCGAGAAGUACCUGGAGCGCCGGGGCCGCAGCAACUUCCUAGCCAAGCUGUACCUGGCGCGGCACCUGCUCAUCCUGCUGCUCAGCGUACUGCCCAUCUCCUACCUGUGCACCUACUACGCCACGCAGAAGCAGAAUGAGUUCACCUGCGCGCUGGGCGCGUCCCCCGACGGGCCCGCAGCGGGGGGGCUGGCGGUGCGCGUCAGCUGCAAGCUGCCCUCAGUGCAGCUGCAGCGCAUCAUCGCGGGCGUGGACAUCGUGCUGCUCUGCUUCAUGAACCUCAUCAUCCUCGUGAACCUCAUCCACCUCUUCAUCUUCCGCAAGAGCAAUUUCAUCUUCGACAAGCUGCACAAGGUGGGCAUCAAGACCCGCCGGCAGUGGCGCCGCUCACAGUUCUGCGACAUCAAUAUACUGGCCAUGUUCUGCAACGAGAACCGCGACCACAUCAAGUCGCUCAACCGGCUGGACUUCAUCACCAACGAGAGCGACCUCAUGUACGACAACGUGGUGCGCCAGCUGCUGGCCGCGCUGGCCCAGUCCAACCACGACGCCACGCCCACCGUGCGGGACUCGGGCAUCCAGACUGUGGACCCCAGCGCCAACCCCGCGGAGCCCGAGGGCUCUGCUGAGCCGCCUGUGGUCAAGCGGCCGCGCAAGAAGAUGAAGUGGAUCCCCACCAGCAACCCGCUGCCCCAGCCCUUCAAGGAGCCACUCGCCAUCAUGCGCGUGGAGAACAGCAAGGCUGACAAGCCCAAGCCCGUGCGCAGGAAGACGGCCACGGACACGCUGAUCGCCCCGCUGUUGGACGCCGGCGCGCGUGCGGCUCACCACUAUAAGGGCAGCGGGGGCGACGCAGGCCCCACGCCGCCCUCUGCCGCUGACAAGAAGCACGCCCGCCACUUCUCACUGGACGUGCACCCCUACAUUCUGGGCACUAAGAAGGCCAAGCCCGAGGUGGUGCCUGCUGCCCUGCCCACCUCACGAAGCCAGGAAGGAGGCUUCCUGUCCCAGGCAGAGGAGCAUGGGCUGGGCCUGGCCACAGCACCUACCCAAGAGGCUCCUCUACCUGAGAAGGAAAUCCCAUACCCGGCAGAGCCACCCCGGGCAGGGCUUCCCUCUGGGAAGCCGUUCCACGUCUGCUCGCCCCCUGUGGCCCCUGCUGCAGCCCCUCUGUCACCAGCUGGCCUGGGCAAGGCUGAGCCCCUCACCAUCCUGAGCCGAAACGCCACUCACCCUCUGCUGCACAUCAACACGCUUUAUGAGGCCAGGGAGGAGGAGGAAGGGAGUCCCCGGGUGCCCCAAGACAUGGGCGACCUCAUCACCAUCCCAGCCCCUCAGCAGAUCCUCAUCGCCACCUUCGACGAGCCCAGAACAGUCGUGAGUACUGUGGAGUUUUGAGAGACCUCUGGGUGCCCCUCAAAAAUGUGUGUGGCCCAGCUGGCUGGCCCCUGCUUUGCAUGGACUAGGCCUCUGCUUUGGCCAGCACUGCCCCAGCCCUAGCCUCUCAACUGCUUGCCUGGGGGUUCAGCACCCUGCCCAGCUUG